UUCCGGUGCGCGAGGUUUGUUUUCGAAGCAGGAGCAAACGGGAUGAUGACUAUGUUUGACUCUUAUUAAAACUUCUCUAUCAUCGUGGUUUUAAUUAUUUGUCGUCAACAUUUGUCAAGAGUUUCAUCACGAAAUGAAAGUCAACACUUUCGUACACUUACCAUGGUGUGCCACAUAACAAACUUUAGGGAUUACAUAAAUCUACUGGAAUGGAUUUACCCUCAAAAAACAUGUACGACACAUACAAAGAUGAAAUCUGGAAAGAGCUGGGACCCCUGGACCCUGACUGGUUUGAGGCACUGACAGCUCAGACGUUCACUAACGAGGGAAAUGUCUCUGAUCAAGAUGACCUGUGUGCCAACCAAGAGGGAAAUUUCAAAACACCCUUUGACAGAACUGCAGUAGAAAGUCAGCUGUUUUCAACCCCCAAAGUUUUUAGACAACGGCGCGUUGUGUCUCCUGAAACUGAGGAUGAGCAGUCGUUCACUGGUGAGCAAGAAAAAGAAACAUUGCCAUGGACAGCAACACAAAGUCCAUAUUUGUUUCGGAUGUCAAAAGAGGGGGUCCGAGGUGCAAAAUAUGGAGGUUUCCACCCUCAGAGUGAGGACAGUUUUGAUCUGCUUCAUACACCACAAAAAUCCCCAGUCAGCUAUGCCAAGCAUGUAUCUGAAAGUCUCGGAGCACACAUUCAUUCUGAUAUGUCAUGGACCAGUUCUCUGAAUACUCCACCACCAUCCACCCUGAUUUUAUCUAAAACAGAUGAGAGUCCCUGUCCAGUGAGUCUUUCUGAUGAAAAAAAUUUUGUUUUGGUACGGAAGCUUUUCCCUUCUCUUUCAAAUGCAUCCAGAGUUGGAGUCGUGUCACCCAACAAGAAUGACAUACCUAAUGUUCACCAAGGUGUUGUUUCCCCUGAGCCUGGUCAGAAUCCAGAGUCCCACGACUCCCCCCAGAGUUCACUGAAUCAGCGUGACGAUGUUUGGAAACAGACGCUACCAGACGCUAUUGAGGAUGGAGAUAUACGCAGAACUGUAGCAAGUGUUCUUGAUGGAGCUGAAAAUGUCCUCUCUAUAUUUUUCACCAACAGUAGUUCAGCACUGAGAAAAGUGAAAACUGACAGAAUCAAAAGAAAGCAAAUCAUCCUGACAAAAGAACAUGACUGCAACUCUGCGGACACCUCACCAACAAGCAGCGCUGCAUCCAGUGAACAGAGAACAGCUGAUCAGGCGCCUGGCAGGCUUCCCUCACCCCCACCAAUGAAAACUGGAGAGAUUGGAAUCACCCAGUGGUCUCCGCUGAGUUUAUCUGAAAUUUCACGUUGUACUGUGGAUACUUCUUGCCAUGAUAAGAAUCCUGUUAAACAAGUGGAAAACAAUAUUUUAACAGAACAACUGCGGGGUGACCCUGGCCAGCCAGUCAGGCCACCUAUGAAACUCGCAGACUCUGGAUUCACUAAGAAAAAGAGACAAUUUAUUUACACUGUUAAGACUUCAAAAACGCAGGUUCAAGGAAAAGAAACACCGUCUCGGAAGAUGGACUCAUCCCCAGGGAUUCCAGACUUCUCUGGACAAGAAGUUAAUGUGAAGCAGUUUAGGAAAUCCCCAGAUGACUGUUGCAGCAAUGGGAAGAAUGAGAUGCAAAAACAGGGAAUUCUCGCUGAAGACAAUCUACCUCCCUCUUUACGAGCAAAAGUCCAGGAUCUGGACAUGUCGCAGCUUUGCAGAGAUUUUGCUCAAGACUUCAGUCAAAUGUCAGACCCCAUCAAAGUGAGUAGAAUAGCAGAGGAUACUCCUCAAAAUGGCUUCUCUCCAUCAGCUUGUCUGUCAGCCUUGAAACAAGCUAAGAAGAAAGCAGUGCAAGCGAACCUUCACCUUGACUGUGAUGCCGUCAGUAACAGAAGACAUGUUUCUAACACUAAUCAAAAUAACCCCAUCAAUGAGGGCACGAUAAGUGACAGUGGAUUCCAUUCAGCUGUUGUAGAUGGCACUCGCGUGACUGCAUCAUCAUUUGUUCUUCCCAGCUCAGAGAUCAAUGGUCAAAGUCAACAGUGGACUGGCUUUAAGACUGAUAUCCACAGGACCACUCCUUUCACAUCUACAAAUAAAGAAAACGGAGAAGCACAUUUGGAUGAUAUUUUACCAGAAGCUGAAAUGCAUUACAGGCUGUCCAGUGCAAUCAAGGAAUGCCAGACACUGGGCACCGGCAGAGAGCGUGAGUUGCACAUUGAGAGCACAUCAACACAACUACCUGGCAAUACAAAAGGAACUGUUGAUAACAUUAAUUGGAUUCCACUUAAUGGUCAAGUUCAUGGCAGUCUACCAGAGAAAACUGUUUAUCUUCCUUCCGUCCAUGCAUCAGGAUUCAAAACGGCUUCAAAUAAGGGUAUACACAUUUCCUCAGCCAACCUGGAGAGAGCCAAACGUCUCUUAGAAGAGACUGAGGAAGAAAUGACUUUAAGUGACCAGCCUACCAAAUGUGCACAUGUUACUAAAGAUGAAAUGAGCAUGAGUGAUGGAUCAGUGAAAAAUCUAACCACUUAUUCAAACCAACUAUUUUCUUCAAGUGAAAAAAAUGUGGAUAUCAGUUGCCAGUUAACAGCUUCACAAAAAGCUGAUGUGACUGAGCUGUGCACUCUCUUGGAAGAAGCAGACAGCCAGUUUGAAUUUACACAGUUUAAAACAGCAAAGCUGAAACAACACUGUCAAGAUAGUGCCACCCCCCCAAAAGAAGUUGACAAAGAACUUGACCCGGAUUUUCUUUCAGAUAUAGAUUUUGAUGACAGUUUUAGUUCAGAAGCUGAAAAGCACCUGGCAGUAACUGUGAUGCAUGGCAAAAUGGCCUUAGUUUCAGAUGGUAAACCAAACUGUGAAACAUCCAACGUCACAAGUAAAUCCACAGGUCUGUCAGUGUCGAGUGCAAUGAAAAAAGAGAAUUCCUCUCCUGAAGAUGUGUCUUUCUCUUCAAAGCACAUCUCUGAAGACAGUAGCAGUAUUCUGUCAGCUGAACCCAAAAAUCUUGACAGACAUGGGCAGACUAAAACAAGCCACCUAGAGAACAAAAAUCCUUUAAUGCUUGGUGGUGUGGGAUUUAAGACUGCAGGAGGAAAUGUUUUGAAAGUUUCAAAAAAGUGUCUGAGCAAAGCUAGAGCUUUGUUUGCAGAUUUAGAGGAGAAUCGUGUGACGAGUCAAAACCCACCUGACAAACAAAAUAGCAAAACUGAUGCUAAAACACCGCAUAAGCGCAGUGUGGAUAAUCACACUGGUGACCUUUUGAAUCGUAAAAAGGAUAAUUCGAAAUUCACAGGUGAUACCAGAGAACGGGUUCAGAGCUGUUUUUCCAACGCGAUGGAGUCUGUCUGUUCAGACCAACAACCACGCAGAGAUGAAGAUGCUAUAAAAACGUUGAAAAACAGCAUAACGGACACAGCCACGCGUCAAAGGGGGUUCCAGAUGGCCAAUGGGAAAGGGAUUUCUAUUUCAGCGAAAGCUAUGCAAGUGGUAGAUGCUUUCUUCGAAAAUUGCGAUGCUAUCGGCGGUAAUGCUGGCAUGUCAGUAAAACCUAAAAAGAGCAUACCCUUGCCUGGAAGUGUCAGUCUUAAGGAAACCCUUCCAAAAGGUAAACAUGUUCAAGGGAUAAAAGAAAACCUUUCUGAAGAACCAAUCAAUGAGAUUGAAAAUGUGAAUGCUGGUCCAGCUGCACGCCAUACAGAGGUUGUACAACAUAAUGUGGACAGUCACAAUUUUGGUGUCAAGAGUACACUGGCUUUAACAAAUGCAGCCUCUUUCUGUGAUAACCCUUCUUCGACUGCAAAGGCACAUUCAUCUCUCUCAUGCACAACAUCAAAGAGUAUUGGCCCCUCUGCCAUCGGUGAAUUGAGCAAUGGUGGUGGAUUUUGUUUAGCCAGUGGGAAGAAAGUAUCUACGUCAGCUGAUGCAAUGAAAAAAGCAGAGCAUCUUUUGAAUGAAAUUCAUACACUUGAUGAUGCAAACAAACAACCAAAACAAAAAGGAGACGCUUUAAGAACAGGCCAUCUCAACAAUCAAAUUCAGGUUCCACCAUCUAAAAAUGGUAGCUUUCAGAUGGCCAGUGGCAAACGAGUGGCCAUUUCAUCUGCAGCUCUCAAGAAAGCAAAAUUGUUGAGUGAAUGUGAUCAAGUUGAGGAUAAAAUCUGUGUAAAACCAACAGAUUCCAAGGCGGUUCCUGGUCCGCUAUCCAGGAAUAGUGGAUUUCUUGCAGCCAGUGGUAAGCCAGUAGCAUUUUCAUCCGAGGCCCUUCAGAAGGCAAAAGAUCUCUUCAGUGACAUCAGCUUGAGUGCAGAGAUCCCAGCUGUUCCAGACACAAGGAACAGUGACAAGAAACAAGUCAAUGCUGACAAUACAGAGAAAAAACAUUGUGGUUUCACAACUGCAGGGGGGGCAAAAGUCCAUGUGUCACAGAAAAAUCUGUUGAAAGCAAAAAACCUUUUGGAAGAAUUUGACGAUGGUUCUAUUUCAGCAAAAGCAAUGCAAGAAGCAGAUGCUUUCUUCAAGGACUGUGACAUUAUGGAUGAUAACGAUGCUAUGUCAGUAAAACAUGAGAAAAGUAUAGCAUCUGUGAGCGGAAGUGGCAUUGGGAAGAAAAACCUUUCACAAUUAAAAAAAGGUCACAAGGUGUCAAUACAAAUGUCUGAAGAGCCUGGAGGUGGGCGUACUGAGUUAGAAAAUGUGAACGUGGGAUUAGUUGUAAACCAUGAAAGGAUGCUGCAUCCUGAUGAUGUGGAGAUUCACAAAGGUGUUGUUAAGAACACAUUGGAUUCUACCAAAGCACCUUCUUUACAUGGAAACUCAACUUUGAUGAACGAGCCACUUUCUCUCCGGUUGUGCACAACAUCAAUUGGUUCCUCAGCCAACCAUGAAUUGAGCAAAGGUGGUGGGUUCUCUACAGCCAGUGGGAAGAAAGUAUCUGUUUCAGAUGAUGCAAUGACAAAAGCAAAGUCUCUAUUGAAUGAAAGUGCUACAUUUGAGGACGCAAACAAACAACUGAAACACAAAGAAGACCUCUUUCCAACACGGAACGGUGGAUUUCAGAUGGCCAGUGGCAAAGGAGUUACGAUUUCAUCUGCAGCUCUCAAGAAAGCAAAAACUCUUCUAAGUGAAUGUGAUAAAGCUGAGGAUAAAAUCUGUGUAAAACCAACAGAUUCCAAGAUGGCAGUCCCUGGUCCACAAUCCCGGAAUAGUGGAUUUCUUGCAGCCAGUGGUAAGCCAGUAGCAUUUUCAUCCGAGGCCCUCCAGAAGGCAAAAGAUCUCUUCAGUGACAUCAGCUUGAGUGCAGAGAUCCCAGCUGUUCCAGACACAAGGAACAGUGACAAGAAACCAGUCAAUGCUGACAAUACAGAGAAAAAACAUUGUGGUUUCACAACUGCAGGGGGGGCAAAAGUCCAUGUGUCACAGAAAAAUCUGUUGAAAGCAAAAAACCUUUUGACAGAAUUGGCCGAUGGGGAGUGUCAUUCAAACUCCUACUCAACAAGCCCACAUGACACCCAUAAGUCAGAUCUAUCAAAAGUGAAAGAUGUGAAAAGAACUUUGAAUUGUAAUCUCAGCCCUGAAGAGGAAAUGUCAAGUGUGCUGGACUGUGAAAUAAAUCAGACAAGCAGCAGCGAGGGAUCUAAUGUCAAAAGGCCACAAGAGUCUUCAGUUGUAAACUUUCAGUCACUUAACCUAAGUGGCUGCACUGAAACCCAGCAGAGGUUUAUCGCCCAGGAAGCUCUGGACUGCACUAAUGCUUUGUUAGAGGAUGAAAGUUUAGCUGGCCAAAGUCUCUCAAUGACUUUAGAAAAUGUGCCACUGCAAGAAAACCCCAAAUCCAGCCACAGAUCUGUAGAGGAACAAAAAGGAACCGGGAAAAGAUCAGUCGAGGACCCAGAUGUGACUGGUCAGCCUCCCCUGAAAAGAAGAUUACUGGAAGAAUUCGACAGAACUGUCGAUGGCCCAAGAUGUUCAACCCUCCAUCCGGAAAAAAGUUUUCCAAAUGAUAUAAUGAAAGACAGGAGGGUUUUCAAGUACAGUGUCUCUCUCCAUCCAAACAUCACGAGGCCACACAGGAAUGGAAAGAAUUAUGUGGAAACCACAUUGCAAAAGACAAAACCAACACAACAAUCAACCCCAGAAGACAGCAGAUCAGCACAUUCCAAGAUGCCAGUGUUUGUUCCUCCAUUCCUCAAGGAUGCAAAGACAGAGAGUCACAAGAAUACAGUGCUUAAGGACAUCACAAAAACACCUACUUCAUUUGUUCCUCCAUUCAAAAAGCAAAUGACUAUUGUCCAAGAGAGCUCCUCUAAACCCCAGGGGGAAACACCCUUUAACAGCAACACUUAUGUACCGCCCACUAAAAAAACACAAAGCAAUACAGAUGUAACUGGUAAUAAAAGCAAAGAAGACAUUCAGACGGCGGCCUCGACUGACACUACAAAUGAUAAUCCGCUGAAUAAUCAAAACUCUCCUGUUAGCUGUGGAUCCGAGGACUCUGCUGCAGAGGCAUCCCGUGUGGAGGACACUGUGUCCACAAGCCAAGACAUGUUUCAGGAUCUUCAUAACGUAGAGCUGGCACGAGAUAUGCAAGACAUGAGGAUCAGGAAAAAGAAGCGCCAGACCAUUCGACCUUUGCCGGGAAGUUUGUUUCUAACCAAAACCUCAGGAGUGUCGAGGAUACCAUUAAAAGCUGCAGUAAAUGGAAAGCCUCCUGCAAGAUACAGCCAAAAACAGCUGUAUGGACAUGGAGUUCAUCAGCAUGUCUAUGAGAUCACCAGUGAGACGGCAGAAUCUUUUCGCUUCAAUUUACAGCAGUUCCUCAAACAGGAAUCCUUUAUAGACGGCGGUGGUGUUCAGCUUGCUGAUGGAGGAUUACUGAUCCCCAGCAAUGAUGGGACUGCAGGGAAAGAAGAGUUUCAUAGAGCAUUAUGUGACACCCCAGGGGUGGACCCUAAACUGAUCAGUGAGGGGUGGGUGUACAAUCACUACCGAUGGAUUGUAUGGAAGCAGGCCUCCAUGGAAAGAUCAUUUCCAGAAACAAUGGGCAGCCUCUGUCUCACCCCAGAGCAGGUCCUCCUACAACUCAAGUACAGAUAUGAUGUAGAGGUGGACCACAGCCGCAGGCCGGCUCUGAGAAAGAUCAUGGAAAAGGACGACACAUCAGCCAAAACCCUGGUCCUCUGUGUAUGCGGGGUCGUCUCCAGGGGCCACUCCCCAAACAGACAGAGUUUCAGUGACACUAAGACUCCACAAGGUGCUGAUGCCAAGGUUGAAAACCCUUCUGCAGUGGUCUGGCUGACAGAUGGAUGGUACACCAUUAAAGCCCAGCUGGAUGAACCUUUGACUGCCAUGCUUAACAAAGGUCGAGUGGCUGUCGGUGGGAAGUUGAUCAUCCAUGGAGCUCAGCUGGUGGGAUCUCAAGAUGCUUGCUCCCCUCUGGAGGCACCUGAAUCUCUCAUGUUAAAGAUUUGCGCCAAUAGCAGCAGACCUACACGAUGGGAUGCUAAGCUGGGAUUUCACAGGGAUCCACGGCCAUUCCUGCUUCCUGUCUCCUGUUUGUACAGCAGCGGAGGACCAGUAGGAUGUGUGGACAUUAUCAUUCUGAGAAGCUACCCCAUCCAGUGGAUGGAGAGGAAACCAGACGGAGGCGUAGUGUUCCGUUCUGUUCGUGCAGAAGAGAAGGAGGCGAGACGAUACAACAGCAUUAAACAAAAAGCUAUGGAGAUCCUAUAUGCCAAAAUUCAAGCUGAAUUUGAAAAGGAGGACAAAAGUACUAAACCUCAACAUAGAAGACGGACAAUCACCCGUCAGGAGAUUUCAAGUCUUCAAGAUGGAGAAGAGCUCUAUGAAGCAGUGGGGAAUGACCCAGCUUACCUUGAGGCUCAUUUGAGUGAAGAGCAGUUGGAGACUCUGCGUGCCUACCGGUGUUCUCUGAUGGAGAAGAAGCAGGCUGUACUGCAGGAUCGCUACCGGCGGGCUUUAGAAAGUGCAGAGGACAGCGAAGGCAUCUGUCCCAAGCGAGAGGUUACACCUGUGUGGAGACUCUGCGUUGCUGACUCCAUGGACCAACCAGGCAGUGUUUACCAGUUGAAUCUUUGGCGACCUUCCUCGGAGCUUCAGUCUUUAGUGAAGGAAGGCUGUCGAUACAAAGUCUAUAACCUCACCACUUCGGAUGGAAAGAAACAUGGUUGUAGCACAACAGUUCAGCUGACUGGGACAAAGAAAUCCCAGUUUCAGGACCUACAGGCUUCUCAGGAAUUGUUAGCAACACAUUUUCAACCGAGGGUCUCUACCCGUUUUGUGGAUCUUCAAAACCCAGAAUUCCAGCCGCUGUGUGGAGAAAUUGAUCUCACAGGAUAUGUCAUCAGUAUCGUAGAUGGCCAGGGUUUCUCUCCUGCAUUUUAUUUGACCGAUGGGAAACUGAACUUUGUUAAAGUGCGCUGUUUCAGCAGCUUUGCUCAGGCUGGCUUAGAAGAUUUGGUAAAACCACAUGUGCUCUUGGCUCUGAGCAACCUGCAGCUGAGAGGUCAGUCCACAUCUCCCACUCCCGUUGUGUACGCUGGAGAUCUGACCCUCUUCUCAACAAACCCCAAGGAAGUACAUCUACAGGAAUCCCUCAGCCAACUCAAAAACCUGAUCCAGGGUCAGGAGAACUUCCUUCCAAUGGCUGAGGAGAAGUUUUCACAUUUAGUCAAUUCUGAUGGCCUAAAGUCCAUCUCCUCUCCAGCGCUGCAAACACGAACCCCAGCUUCUGCGACGGUCAGAAGACAAGACACAAAAACAAGUGUGACCCCUCAGCAGCCAGUCAGAAGCCUUGGAGCAUUCACGCCGGUCAGUAAGAAACCUCCCACAGCAAACUGUUUGUCAGAGAAAGACCCUAUCAGCCUGAAGAGGAAGAGAGCUCUGGACUAUCUGUCUCGCAUCCCGUCUCCACCACCUCUCUCCCAUCUGGGCUCAGUGGCGUCUCCAUGUAUAAAUAAGACCUUCAACCCCCCUCGGAGGUCUGGGACACCUAGCACUUUAAAAACUGUACAGACUCCAGCUUGCAAACCCGUCAAUUCUCCCAUGGAGGAUGAUUGGGUGAAUGACGAGGAACUGGCUAUGAUUGAUACUCAGGCAUUGCGUGUUGGUGAUUUACUGUAGGUACAUAAGACUGUAACUUUUAACUGUAAAAAAACAAAAACAAAAAAAAACUGUACAAAUGAGUGAAUGUAAAGGCUGUGUAUGGCACAUAUUCUGUGGUUGUUUUGUGGUCUCACUGGACCCAUUAAAGAAGUGAAAUCACUUCACAUUAGUAAAAUCAUGUAAUCACUUUA